UUUCUUCUUAUCAUGUUUUAUAUCUUGACGUAUUUGGUUAUGGUUAGAUUUCAUAUUUGUUGUCGAUUUCUUUUCUGCAUGUUAGUUUUAACUUUCUUUUAUCAGUUUGUGGGUGUUUCAAUUUGCUUUAGCAUAAGGUUGUUAGUUUUCUCAACUUCAAUUGUUGCAGAUCUUCAUGCAUUACUCAAGUAACAUCAUGACCAUAACAUAAACAGUGCUACCAUUAUUUCUUACUUUUUAGCUUUGUUGUCAAGUACAUAUUUGCCAAUUGAUUUCGCCAUACCGUAAUAGAAUCAACGGUGAGAAAGAGCAUAUGAUUCUAAUCUGUUGUCUAGAUCAAUUUUAACUGUGGACCUAAUGAUGCAAGAAUUUUUGUCCCUUGGUAGGAUUUCGUAGCAAAACUUGGUACAAGGAAAUCCAUGAUCAAGAUAUCCUCCUUGCAUUUGUUGGAGCUGCUUCCCCCUUCUACAAUUAAGAAGUGUUCCAGGUAUUCAUUAAAAGGUUAAUACGUUAGGGGAGGUUUUGCAGCUUUCGGUUUUUUUAAUCCAUCUACACCUCGUAGUCUUUGAACAUCUCUAUAAAUAGAUACCGUACUACCCUCUUAACUCGUUAUUCAUAUACUUAGGAGAGCAAUAACAUUUCAAUUUGAGUCGAUGAUGAAUAUUGAUGCCUUGGUUACUUUAGUUAUUGUAGUAUUUCAAUUUGUUAGUGUAUUUGUGUGAUAGGAAUCACUGUAAUCUUGUUCGGUUAUGUUUGGUUUCUGAUCAAAUCUUCACAAUUCUAUUUUUGCCACUUCCAUUCUCUAGUUUAAGUUUCUCUGCAAAACCUAGUCAAUGUUUUUUUUUUGGUAGAAAACCUGGUAAAUGUUUAUGGAUCACAUAGAUCUGACUCCCUACUACUUGAUUGUAAUAUGGAGGCCGGUAUGCCCUACUCGUUGAUUAUUGGUUGGCAUUCGCAUCAGACUAGAAUACUAUGCAAGAGGUAGCACAGCAUAGCCCAACAACACUGCACAAUUGCACAUGAUCUGGAAUGGCGUUCAUCCUUAGAUUGUUUAGGACAUUAGAUCAUAUGUAGAGUUAAAAACAUCUCCCUUUACCUUGAAAUUUCAGUAGAGUUUCAGAUUUCUUCUCAACUUACACAGAUUUAGAUGCCAAUUCAAUUCAAAUUUUAUGAAUCAUCCGGUCAUGCGAAAUAGUGGGGUCAACUGACUUUAAACAUCUCUAUAAAUAGACACUAUACCAGCCUCUCUAUGCAUAACUUUAGAAGAGCAAUAAGAAUAGCAUAGCUUUCCUGAAGAAGCUCUGUUGUGAACUAUUGCAUUCAUACAUCCGUUUCUGAGAGGAAUUCUAGGUUCACAUGAUGAAGGUUAUUGCUGCUUACUUGUUGGCGGCAUUGGGAGGUAACAAAGAACCAACUGCAGAAGAUAUCAAGGACAUCUUAGGUUGUGUUGGUGCUGCUGAUGACACUGAUGAAAGGAUUGAACUUCUUCUUUCUCAAGUUAAGGGUAAAGACCUGGCUGAACUUAUUGCUUAUGGAAGGGAGAAACUUGCUGUUUCUGGUGGUGUUGCUCCAAUGGAGGUCAAUGCAGUAGGCAAUGGUGGUGCUGUGCCUGACCAGAAGAAAGAGGAGAAGGUGGAAAAGAAAAUUGAUGAAGAGACUGACGAUGAUAUGCCUUUCGAUAUCUUCGGUUCUGACGAAGAAUGAGGGUCCAAAUUGUUCACUGAAUUGUUGUGUACCGUCGUAUCUGUCUGGUGUCUAAAUUGUCUGCUGAAUUGUAUAAUAUAUGAAGAGAGUUCCUGUCUGGUCUGAAUUAUGGAGUUAUAGUAUUAGAUUUCUCUUCUAGUUCCUCUGCAAUUUUUUCUAUUAAGUUGUGACCGCAUUAUUCAAUUUUUUCAAUAAACUUCAAUUCGACUCAA